AUGUCUGUUAGCUCUCCCGUCGACCAGCCCGCCGCUCAGCGGCAGCUGACUGAGUUAGAGCGGAGCAUUGGCUUCAGUAUGGGUGUGCUGCACCGGCCACGCCGGCCAUCGUGUGUCUUCUUAGCCCGGCGGGGACAACGGUGUGCAACCAUGAGUGAGCCGGUGGACCAUGUGUUCCCUCUGAACCAGCUGCACCAGGAUGCCUCUCCUCCACCCGGGGAAAAACUGGCUGUGGCUCGCCUGCAGAGGGAAGUCACACGGACUAAGAGCGAAGGAACGAUGCGAGAAAAGCUGGUUCUCGAGCUAGAGGAAGAGCGACGUCUGCGACUGGACAGCGAGAAGCGGCUCCACAAGGCGACAGAGGAAGCAGAGCUGGGCCGAACGCAGAUGGUGACACUCCAGCAGCACUUCUCCAGGAUGGAAGAGACGGUGCGGUCGUUGCUGCAGAAUCCAGCCGUUGUGGAGCAGACGUCUCUAGACACAGUGGACAUUAUGACGGCCUACAAGGAUAAACUCUCUGAGGAGGUUCAUAAACCGCAGGACGGCUCUAAUCAGCUCGGCUCCCUACCGCUGACUCGGCCAGAGACCGAACCCAGAAGGCCACCACCGUCCGGCGACCCGGACAGCCAGCAGGCGGAGGAGGAGAAAGACAAAACCACACCUCUCCUGGAGCGUCUCAAAGCCCUGGAGGAGGAAAACUCUGCCUUGGCCUUGGAGAAUGAGAACCAGAGGGAGCAGUAUGAACGCUGUCUGGAUGAGGUUGCCAAUCAAGUCGUUCAGGCGCUUCUCACCCAAAAGGAUCUGAGAGAGGAGUGUCUGAAGCUCAGGACUCGUGUGUUUGAUCUGGAGCUGCAGAAUCAAACCCUCAGCGUUCUGUUUCAGCAGCGGAUCAAACCUGCGUCAGACCUGCUCCUCCAGAAACUCCAGUCCCGGAUCCUGGAUCUGUCCGCCGCAGAUCUGCUUCUGGAGCCGGAACGGGCCAAAAGCAUCCUGCUUUCCAGGAACCCUGAGUCUGGUGAAGUGCAGUUGAAUGGGAAGGUGGGACUUCCUGUGGCAAAGUGUCUGAGUCAGCUGAGCCUGAUGGCACCGCCUGUCUACCCUCGCAGCAGCUGUAGCAGCAGUGAGUUGUCUCUGUCCAGCGCCUGCAGUGAAUUCUCCAGCGGCUCCUACACCUGGAAUGACAGGCGCUCCUGUGGGAAAAUGUCCUCCCUGACGUGGGAGAAAAGGCUGAGUCUUGGCUCCUCGGCACCCAGUAACAUCUGCACCCCUCUGGAAGAGCAGCUCCCCACUAGGCGCAAGGAAAGCCACAUCCUGGAGGGUCUGAGGAAGCUUCAGCGCAGGAAACACAGGAGCUCCUCUUUCUCAUCCAAGGUCUCCAAGUCAGGCUACAAGGACUGCAUGAACUCCAAUGAGGGCAUCUAUUCCCUGGGUAUCAAGAGUUGCAGGAAAGGAAUUUCCAAGCCUCCUUAUGUGGGCAGAGUUGCUGCCUUGAGUGUCGGGGUCAAAAAGUUCUCCUACGAUUCAGACGACGCAGAUGAUGAGUCAGCACAUUCCAACAGCAGAGAUGUCAUUGCCAGCAGAGAUGGCUGGUUCUACUCUAAGAAACUCUCCCAUAGUGUCUCAGACAGUUUGUGCAGCUGGGAGGGACUCCAGGACAGCGGGGUCGGGGGCGAUGGGAAUGCCGGACUUCCAGGCUACAACUCCAAAGAGCGUCCUGAGAAGCUGAUGAGCUUCAUUAACAGUCUACUCCCUGAGGGCAGGCAGAGCUCUACUUUCACCAAACCGUCCCUACCAUGCUUCAAACCCUCUGAACCGGAGUAUCCCCUCCACCUGUCAGAUACAGACGACCUCGAGGAACUCAACUCCGAGUCCAGUGACAUUCGGACCUCCAUUAGUAACGCAGAGCAGGUGGAGCCCAACCCCAAGAGGCUGUCCAGGGAUAUUGGCAAGCUGCUUGCGCACCAGUGUUUGAGAAAGGACCAGGGACGAGCUCAGUCUGCUGAUGGGAGGCCAAGGCCUUUUAGCCUAAUAAAGGAGGUCAAGGCUGUCAAGUGCACUCAGUCUGAGGAGAGUAUCCUGGCCAUAUUUGAUGCAGAGGGAGAGCCUAUAGAGCUCUGUGCUCAAAGGGUGUCUGCAGGUGCUGGGAUAUUUACUGACAUUUCAGCUAGCAAGACAGUUACUAAUUACACAGAGCUAGCACCCCAAGAGAGACCAACCAGGCAAAAAGCAGGCAAAGUGAAGAAUAGCACUGUACUGGAGUACCCAGAAAAGCCCUCUGAAUAUCUAAGCAAGACUAAUAAGACAGACAAUAACAGGGAGAGACUGUCUGUACAUGGUACUCCACAGAAGAAGCUGAUCAAACCACCAAGCAGCCAAGCUAAUAAAGGCCACUCCGGGCCUCACAUGAAUGAUGCUUCCAGUUCCACGUUCAGUGGUUCUAGGAUACCCGGGAGGGGCAAACCUGCUGCAUCUCCACUGAGAGUUUCUAAGGGCUCCACAACUGAACCCAGCAAUAGCGGAAACCCAGCACCCCCUACCCAGGAGAAAAUCCCCUCCUCGCCUCCUGUUAAAAUGUCCAAGUACAUCAAGGCCCAAGGAGGAACCUGUGCACAGAGCCCAAAAGCGGUCACCUCCAAACUGCUCAGCAGAGGUGACUGGAGUAAGAGCGCUGCUUUAAGUUCACCCAGCCUCUCCAGGCAGAAUCUGGAGUAUGCUGACUCUUGUGAGCAGCCUACCAGAGACAAACACUGUGAAACCAGUAAAAAUCAACUCAGGUCCCCUUCUCCUCCCCUGCCCCCAGGCCGUACAACCUCCUUACUGAUAAGACCAAAUUAUGAAGGUUCACCUCAAGCACAUAAACUGGGGGUGGCUCAACCAUCCACACCAACCACUGUGAGGGGUCCUCCCCCAAGUUACCACCCCCCACCUGUACCAAAUAUGCAAACUACUCCGCCUGUCAAGGGUCAGGACCCUUUGGACUUAGAUGCAGGCUAUGGGACUGCACUUGCACCUCAGAAACUGGUUGAAAAAACCAGUCAGCACCUUCAGAAGUCUCCUGCUAAAGGCAUUUCCAAACGAACCAGCAUGAAACACUACCUCCUGUCUGCAACCUCAGGGUGUGCUCCAGAACCCCAACAUGCACCUAAAAGCUCAAAGAAUGUCCCUCCACCUUACGGCGCCCUCAGAGGGUCUUCACUACAGAGCACCUUUGCAAGUAAGAGAGGGUCUACCCAUGAACAUGUCAAUCAAUCGAUGCAAAAGACCUCUUCUAAUUUAGCUGCUUCACUUCAGGACCAGUCUCAGUGUAAAGCAGAACUGAAAGACAGUAAAAUAGCCAAUCCUCAAGCUGUAGUUGUCAGCCCUCUCUGCUCUGCCCCAAACCAGAUGGAAAAAGCCUCCAAGACACGCAUCCCCAUGGGAUUUAAAGCAUUUUUAAAAUCACCCCCCAGCCACAAGAAUAGUCCCACCAUGCCAGGCAAGCAGGAAAAAGAUCAUAUCAACUCAGUCUCCAAGGAAACUGUGACCUCAAAUGUGUCAACCCAGUGUGACAGCUUGCAGCCAGUACAUAAUAUUGAUUUGCCAGUCACAAUGAACAUCACAGAGGAGAAAGGUGAAGGCCAGGGCAGGUUACUGGAAGGGGUAGUGCACACUGCUGAGCAGCCAGAGGGGGGAGAGGCUUGUGAGAAAGGGAAAAGGGGCAGUCAACUUUUCUUAAGAUCCAUAUCUGUCACCAACAAACCUCAUCUUAAACCAGCUUUGGGAAUGAAUGGAGCAAAAGCCCGUAGCCAGAGUUUCAGCACUAACUACAUGGAAAAACCCAACAUCAACUUGCCAGAUGGGCUGGGGAAAAUCCGAACUCAGAUUAUCACCAACUCUGGUGAGAGGGGGAGCUCUUUGUCGAGGCAGAGUUCCUUGGAGGUCCCCAGGGUUGGGUUGGUUGAGAGUCCCGUCCAUUGCCCCAUUAAACGGCUCAGCCACUACGGAGGCUUGAUGGGGUCAAAUGGCCACAAUGUCCUCCCUGAUAGAACAUCACAGUCAGGCUCCAAAGGUGAUGGGUCACAAAGCACGAUAAAGGGAGAGGGGGUCUCCCCCCAGCCCCAGAAAGAGGUGCGUAGCCUACCUAUCACAGACAGGAUCGGCUUGAGGAACAACCGCAGGCCUGUGAAGGUUGCAUCUCAUCCACAAUUUCAGCCUCCGUCCACUCACUUCUACAGCUAUGAGAACGCAACCCAAGAAACGAGAGGCAAAUUAACCAGCCAUAUGAAACCAGACCCAGGUAGGGUUGUUCUAACUCAGACAGACCCUCCAAAAAAAACCUCGGAUAUUGAGGAGAAAAAAGUCAGUCCUACGGCCUGUACCAUUGAAGAGAAAGUCAUGAUGGGAAUCGAAGAGAACGUUCAGAAAUGCCACGAGCAGGAUAAGGUCACCGCCUCAGAGGGCAAACAGAAGACAGGCCCCUCUCUUGCAAACUGGUUUGGCCUCCGUAAAAGCAAACUGCCAGCUCUGAGUGGUAAGAAAACAGACUCCCCUAAGGGAAAAGAGGAGAAGAAAGAGCUGAAGAUUGGCUCUGUGCUCGGGGGCAAGCAGUUGAAAAAGAAAGAUAAGAAGAAAAAUGACAACCAGUGCAAAGACAGUCAGGAGGAACAGAAUCGAUCAGAGACAAAUAAUAAGCUGAGCUCCAUCAUGGACCACUGCAAUAUUCAGAUGGGUCAGAUUGCAAAUCAGAUCCAGUGUACCACCGCUUACAUCGGAAAAGACCAUUUUGUGAAGGAGCUUCUCAGCAGGGCCGCGGUGAAGGGCGACGCCCUGCCUGCAUCUCCCCCUGCCAUCUCCAUACCCAGGAAGCACUGCCAUGUGACUGCAGAUAUGGAGAUCUGCACAGAUACCGCUACUGUUAUCAUGAGUCAGAAGAUCAACCUGAAGGCUGAAAAUGAAGAAGGGCACGUCCCAGACACUUCCUGUCAGGACCACGUGAUAGGCUCCGGCUGCCAGACAAGAACCUUGGACAGUGGCAUCGGCACCUUCCCCCUCCCCGACUCAGUCAUGCGGGCUGGUGGACGCCACAUGCCCAAGUCGGAGUCCAGUCCAGACCACUUUACCAGCGGUCUUGCCGAGUUUGACCAGAACCCUCCCUCGUCUCCCCCCAACCUGUCAUCCAGCCAGACGAAAGUGCCUUCCCCCUCUAAAACCCGGCUGCACGCGCCCCCCGCCGCCCUAGGCCCCUCUCUGUCCCAGCCCGCUGUGACCUGCAGCACCACCCAGAGCCCUCUGCCCAAACCCACCUCUUCUGAGGCCCUCAGGACAAACAGGAGGAGUUUUGCUGUUUCAGACGAGACACCUGACAGAGAGGAGGAGGCAGAGAGAGGGAUGAAUGCCAAGGACCUCCAUCAUCCACCUGCUAAGGAGUUUCCUGUGGAGCCCGGCUCCCUCCACCUCUCCCUGGAGUCGCUCAACAAGCUGAACCUCUGCAGUUCCACCAGCGACGGUCUGUAUCCAGAGACAGGGGCAGGGGGCCGCCACACCUGCAGUGGAGGGGGGUGCAGGGACAGUUGCCGCCGGCCAGACGAGGCGGCCUCCUCCUGCGUCUCCCGAGAGCCGGGGCCGAAUGCCGUGGGCUCCCUCAGCGACUCGAUGUAUGACAGCUUCUCCUCCUGCACCAGCCAGGGCUCCAGCGAGCUAUAG